UGAAACCUACAUCCACAAGGCACUCAGAUGAAAAACUUGACAAGGGAAGUAUACCGCCACUGGAGACUGUCUUGUUAUUGAUACAGAGGAGAACCAGACAUUUGCAGAGGAGAAUACUGUAUCAGCCAGCAUGAUCCAUCAUGCAUCAUCAAGAACGCCCAAGUUCUCCACUUGUGGGACUAUAAGUUUAGACCCGUCUCCUAUGGAAACAACCUCUGACCAGGACCAGGACUUGAGCUCGGCAGCCAGACACAGAAGACCCAGGUCCCAUUCCUACUACAGCGCAGAGGACGCCAAAAAGUAUGGCGUCGAGACGACGACAGAUGAGAACGUUGUCAGGCCACGCUCCAGGUCAUUCUAUAGUUACGAGACGUCUGAGCUCUACAGAGAGGGGAACUUUACCAGGUCCAACGCCAUGAGGCCGAGAUCCAACUCCCUGGAGAAGAGUGUGGACGGGAAGAAGGAGAAGAGUAGUGCGGAUGGGAAUCAGGGGAUCCUACCUCGGCUCAACUCCAAGAGAUCCAAGUCCAACACCAACAAACACUUGCCAUGCAGAGAUCUCAAUGGCCAAAGAGGCAGUCUAAACGGUGUCCCCAUGAUGACCAUCUCUGAAUCAGAGAACUGGGAGAUCAGCUCCUGCUCUGGCAUGAAGUAUGGCCAGUUUGUGGACUGGGAGAAGAUCGACCCUGAAGCUUCAGAGCGCUACCAGAGGAUCCUGUAUUCGGAUCACCAGGAGCUGAAGACCAUGGGUCGAUCAGGGUUCUGGGUCAUGCCCCAUACACUAAGGGCCAAGGCCUAUUAUCAUAUAAUUCAUGGUAUCAACUGCAGGGCCAUCAAACCGGAUCGAGAUCAUUACCAGGAUGUGGCCAAGAAGCUCUUCGGAGAGCAGAAGAUGAGCACACACCCGUUCCCUGAGUACAUGGAUGAUGGCGUGAUCCCUAGGUACUGCCUCAACAAAGCUGGUCUCAAUUCUGUAAAAAAGGUCCUCCUCUGCAUUGGCAAGCACCUCCCGGACAUCAACUUCUGCCCAAUCCUCCCAGCCUUGGUGUCUCUCCUCCUGCAUUUCAGCGAAGACGAAGCAGAGUGCUUCCACAGCAUCUGCCGCCUUAUCGCCUACAAUGACCCCAACAAGCGCUACAUCGAUCAGACAUUCCUCACCUACCGGGCCUCCUGCAUGACCUUCGGCGACCUGGCCAACAAGUACUGCCGCGGUAUCCGCAAGCUCAUCGCCAGCUCCCACCAGAACCUCUUUGAGUUCUACUCCGAUUGGAUCAUGUGGAUAUUUGCCGACCUCCCCUUCACAUACGCUAUGAGGGUCCUGGAUGUCUAUCUUCUGGAGGGUUACAAGGUUCUCUACAGGGUGGCUCUGGCUCUUCUCAGCUUGUACAAGGUCUCGGUUUCGUCUCGUGUCGCCGACGUGGAGGACUUCAGGCGAGACAUGAAGAGCUUUGUGGAGAACGUGGUGCGUCACUGCACGGUGGAGAAGCUGCUGGAGAGGGCCUUCAGUAUCCAACUGGCCACGCGGAGGGAGCUCAACCUACUGUUCAACGCUAACAAGGACUCGCUCAUGCAGAAGGGCAUCAGUAUCCACCAGAAAAGGCAGUCAUGCCAGGUAGUGGAUUUUGACAGCUUCAGCUCCAGCGUUGUUACGGGGACAGAGAUGAGGAUUGUCUGGGCCUGGAUCCCUGAACGCUUUGCCCUCUUCAAUCCCAAAAAGCUGUUCAGCACCAACGAACAUGGCCGAAGCCUGGCCUCAUUUUAUUCCCGUGUUGAGGGGCAUGAGCCAGCGAUCUUGCUUCUGAAAACUAUGGAUGAAGAGGUCUGUGGUGCCUUCCUGUCGACAGAUUUGAUUGAGCGGAAAAAGUAUGAUUCAGAAGAACCUGCGUAUUUUGGGACUGGGGAGAGCUUUGUUUUCACGCUUCGUCCAGGCAUGGAGCGCUACCAACGGGCUGUGGUUAACAUUACGGCCAAGAGACAACCUUCUCCAGACCUUCAAGCUGCUCGGGUCUGUGUAUACACUUCCUCUGCUAAAGAGGACUCCUCCUCUACCCCACUCUCCACCACCUCUACUACCAACCACACCACCCUGACCUGUCCAGCCGGGACCCUCCAGGACCCCAGCUACCUGACCAUUCCCUUCACCUCCUCCUCCCCCGGACCUCUCUCCCCCUCACCCAAGAGGGCCAAGGAACAAGGGGCCUUCAUGUUCAUCGCCGGAGACCACGAGAGGCUAGUCAUUGUGAGUGCGAUGUGUUUGCCUCGCCAGGUGGCGAUGGGGGUCACGCUCUCUGCCUCCAGGCUGAUCUGGAAGGGGGCUACACGGAGCAAUGUGACACCUUCGAGAGCGCCGCUCUCUGCAAGAGACACUUCAAGAUCCGGUCAUUGGAAGUGUGGGGAAUUCAGAACUCCACCUCGUUCUCACACUACUUCUCUUACUGUCAUUAAAAGAGGAAGCUGACAUGUGUUUCCACCUCUUAUAUAAAAUGGUUUCUCCUAAUUCUGUUGUCCAUUUGAUUAGACUAUAUUUUUCUUAAGGUUUAUAAUGAAAUAUUUUCUGUUCACACAAUUCAAAGUAGUUAUGUGUGUGGAUGACAAUGGGCUAAACUAAAUAGGGUUUUUACAGUGCAUUCGGAAAGUAUUCACACCCCUUGACUUUUUCCAUAUUUUGUUACGUUACAGCCUUAUUCUAAAAUGUAUUAAAUAGUUUUUUUCCCCUCAUCAAUUAACACACAAUAACCCAUAAUGACAAAGAAAAAACAGGUUUUUAGACAUUUCUGCAAGUUUAUUCAAAAUAAAAAACUGAAAUAUCACAUUUACAUAAGUAUUCAGACCCUUUACUCAGUACUUUGUUGAAGAACCUUUGGCAGCGAUUACAGCAUCGAGUCUUCUUGGGUAUGACGCUACAAGCAUGGCACGCCUGUAUUUGGGGAGUUUCCCCCAUUCUUCUCUGCACAUCCUCUCAAGCUCUGUCAGGUUGGAUGGGGAGUGUCGAUGCACAGCUCUUUUCAGGUCUCUCCGGAGGUGUCCGAUCGGGUUCAAGUCCAGGCUCUGGCUGGGCCACUCAAGGACCUUCAGAGACUUGUCCCGUUGUCUUGGCUGUGUGCUUAGGAUUGUUGUCCAGUUGGAAGGCGAAUGUUUUCCCCAGUCUGAGGUCCUGAGCGCUCUGGAGCAGGUUUUCAUUAAGGAUCUGUCUGACUAGUCUCCCAGUCCCUGCCGCUUAAAAAAAUCCCCACAGCAUGAUACUGCCUCCACCAUGCUUCCCCGUAGGGAUGGUGUCAGGUUUCCUCCAGAAAGGAUACUUGGCAUUCAGGCCAAAGAGUUCAAUCUUUCAUCAGACCAGAGAAUCUUGUUUGUCAUAGUCUGAGAGUCCUUUAGGUGGCUUUUGGCAAGCUCCAAGUGUGCUGUCAUGUGUCUUUUUCUGGCUUCAACUGGCCACUCUACCAUAAAGGCCUGAUUGGUGGAGUGCUGCAGAGAUGGUUGUCCUUCUGGAAGGUUCACCCAUCUCCACAGAGGAACUCUGGAGCUCUGUCAGAGUGACCAUCUGGUUCUUGGGCCCUUCUCCUCCGAUUGCUCAGUUUGUCCGGGUGGCCAGCUCUAUGAAGAGUGUUGGUCGUUCCAAACUUCUUCCAUUUAAGAAUGAUGGAGACCACUGUGUUCUUGGGGACCUUCAAUGCUGCAGAAAUUUGGUACCCUUCUCCAGAUCUGUACCUCGACACAAUCCUGUCUCGGAGCUCUGCAGACAAUUCCUUUGACCUCAUGGCUUGGUUUUUACUCUUACAUGCACUGUCAACUGUGAAACCUUAUAGACAGGUGUGUCCAAAUCAUGUUCAAUCAAUUUAAUUUACCCCAGGUAGACUCCAAUCAAGUGGUAGAAACAUCUCAAGGAUGAUCAAUGGAAACAGGAUGCACAACAUACUGACUCAACUCCAGCCACUUUAACAAUGGAAAUGGAUGGAAAUUGAUGUAAAAAUGUAUCACUAGCCACUUUAAACAAUGCCACUUAAUAUAAUGUUUACAUACCCUACAUUACUCAUCUCAUAUGUAUAUACUGUACUCUAUACCAUCUACUGCAUCUUGCCUAUUCCGUUCUGUACCAUCACUCCUUCAUAUAUCUUUAUGUACAUAUUCUUUAUCCCUUUACACUUGUGUGUAUAAGGUAGUAGUUGUGGAAUUGUUAGGUUAGAUUACUCGUUGGUUAUUACCGCAUUGUCGGAUCAAGAAGCACAAGCAUUUCGCUACACUCGCAUUAACAUCUGCUAACUAUGUGUAUGUGACAAAUAAAAGUUUAUUUGAUUUGAUUUGACGUGAGCUCAAUUUUGAAUCUCACAGCAAAGGGUCUGAAUACUUGUGAAAAUAAGGUUCCUGUUAUUGUAAUUUUUAAUACAUUUGCAAAAAAAAUCUA